AUGUUACUGAUGUUUAUAAUCGAGACACUGUGUGCCGUGGGUGGAUGUGAAUAUGAGAAAGAUGUGAUGAAUGAACUGAAGCAGUUACGUGAAAGUACACAUAAAAACUUCGAAGGUAUCAAAAGUAAGAUCGCUGACUACAAGAAGGACCUGAAGAUCGAAAGAGAAGAUGAUUCAAAGUUACCAAUCAAGCAACAGGAAGAAAUAAUCAAACAAGGUUAUCCUGAAUUUAUCAAUAGUGAUCUUACUGGGGAUUUUAAGAAGCUACAUGACUCUUUAUCUGAUUACCGAUUUGCAUUAGUAAUUCAAUCACCAACACAAUCAUCAAUUCAAGAAAUGUGUGCUGAUCAAUAUCAUAGCUUACAGAAGACAAGUUUAGAGAAGAUGAUGGUUGUGCAAAAAAAGUUCCUUGAAAUGAAAAAGGUUCACUUGAAACAUAGGUCGUUCUACCUGAAAGUAGCAAAUUGGAUUGAUAGCCGCAAGAAACAACAAAGUGACGCAUUCUCAUGUCCAGAAACACAAGCUAAAUUAAAGGGUGAAAUGGAUACGAUUAUAAGUGAAAUACGUGAUAAGAAGGAAAGCUUGGACAAUACAAAGACUAAAUUGAAGGAAUAUGAGACAGCAAUUGCAAAUUUACUUAUUGUCAAGAAAAAUGUGCAUGGUGAUUUGCAGAGUGAAAUGCAUUACGAAGGUGAAGCUACAGAUUGA